AUGGAGGGAGCGGAUACGCGCACGAUUUUAGAAUAUCUCAUAAUUUGUCUUGAGAGUGAGGAAGAAAGGCAGCUGAAAGGAUUAGCCCUGGAAGGGAUAGUGCUGGUUUCCUUUGAUCUCAGUGAUUCUACGCAUGACGCAAGCCAGCUCCGGUGCACAACCACUAUUGCUGCAGCAGGGAAUUUUUGCUCUAAAAUCCUCAAUGAGCAGAUCUGGAAAGAAAUGGACGGGAUGCUGGCUGAGUUCUCUGUGCCCUGGACCAGGCCUUGGACGGCAGGUGGAUGUAGCCACGAACCCAUGGAUUCUACCGCACUCCAGCUGGCCUUCGAGCUCCACGAAAGGCCUGGGGUUCUGAUGAUGGACUGUCUGGCAGUAAAACAGUUCAUACACAAGAUCAGCAUGGUGCACCCAAAGAUCAGAUUCCAUUACUGUGUGAAUGUGAAUGGCGCUGUGUCUGCGGAGACGUACUGUGGAGAGAAGAGAGAGAGUACAUGUGUACUGAAUGGAAUAAAGCUCCUUACUGACCAGAGACACUAUAUAAGGGUUGUGGAGAGCUUGGUGUCCCGUGGCGCAAACUUCCUUUGUGACAAAAUCCACCCUGUGCUGGGCAGGGCUGUCAACCUCCUGAUUCCCCAUGAAGUGGCUGAAACUGGCUUCACCGGGGAGCUGGAAGUCACGCCAGCUGCCGCGCUGUGCCCCUGCCUGAAGCUGUAUCCCAAUCAGCCUGCUAAGAUUGCUGCUGUCUCCAUAUUUUUCUACGACCCCGCGGGUUUGCCCAUAUCAUUCUAUGCAAAGGGGAAAUCAUCUUUGUUCUUCAAUAACCCAUCGAACUUAGCAGAAUGGGAGAAGUACAGCUAUAGUGCAACACUGGACUCAGAUCCAGGGCAGGAAGAAGAUCAAGUGAACCCAGAUGUCAGAUAUAAACUUCACUGGGACGGUGGAAGCCAAGAAGAUGAUCCAGACACUUGGGAGCAGACUCUGUUGCUCUUCCUCUUUCUCCACUACUCAGACCAGUUUCAAGAUAAGCCAUUUUAUGAUUUCUGGACCCGGCGCAUGAUUGCAUCCCAUAUGGACCAGAUUCUCCUGUGCAGCCAGGAGGCAGUGAAGCGUGGAGUCCAGGCUGUCAUUGACGCAAUGCUACAGGAGCACUGCAAGAGAGGGAAGAACCAGCAGAGGUUGAAGCUGUCCCUGCCCGUCAUCCUAGGUGCCAUUUCCAGCGUGGUGUCCAGCAGCACUAACAGCCAGUUCAGACGGGAAUGUCUGCAGAGUUUGCAGGUUUCAGAUACCCCAGAGCUAAUGGCAGCCAUUCAAACAGCCUUUGAAAAUGUCACUCGGAAGCGACUGAUGCCCAAUGGCACAUGCAGCAUCACAAAAGUAAGUCAGUUUCACCCUGUGGCUCCCUCUUUGACCUUGUAUGCUGAUCUGUUUCUGUUUGUCACCAUACAUAUCCACCCACCCACCAACUCCAUGCUCAUGACCAUGGUAUGUGAGCACCUUUUAGUCAUCAGAGAUAGGGAAACCCAUCUCAGCGAUCACUGCAAGAAUUGCAGAUCCUUCAAGCCUCGGACCAAGGAAGAGAGGGACAUUCAGCUCCAAGUCAUUCUGAUGGAGUCGGCAUUGACCUCGAUUCCAGUGCGCCGCUCUGAGUCGGCACCGAGUAUCGCGGUGUCAGUGCACGGCAACCCUUUGGUGCCUUCCACCAGUUGGCACCGCUCCCCAUUCACGGGUCAUGCCAAGAAGAGGUCUUCUCGACCGAGACACUGGAGCAAGACUGGGGGAGAGACUAGACCCACGUUGGGCAGUUUUCGAUCCCCGUCGGCCUCUAGGCCUCUGACUCAGGUUGAACUGUUGAAAAGGGUGGCAUCGAGCCUCAACCUUCAAGCCGAGGAACCCUCGGACUUCCUCUUCAACGUCCUAUCCGCCUCAGACUCCCUCCCGGAGCGUGACAGGAAGGAGUUCAAGGCUCUGAUGGAGGAGGGUACAGCAGCUGCCAGGGCGACCCUGCAGGCAGCAUCAGAUGCCGCGGAUACUGCUGCAAGGUCUAUGGCCUCCACGGUGUCCAUGAGGAGGGCGUCGUGA